AUGGCGGUAGAUUUCUCCAAAGUGACUGUCGUCUGCUUUGAUGUUGAUUCUACAGUAUGCACUAAUGAGGGAAUCGACGAACUGGCAGUUCACAUGGGCAAGGCUGAAUUUGUCAGUGAAAUGUACGACUCGCCUUUGAUUAUUCCUCCUCCUCUAGAACUAGAAGAGCUAUGGCUGGUGAGAUGGACUUUACUUCAGCGUUGGCAAAACGUCUGGAUGCCUUACAACUAA